CAGCACUGCUGGCUGGGUGACCCCCAGGAAAGAGUGCCUGCAGGGUGAUGCCACUCACCGCCACUCCAAAAAAGUCAGAGAAGAGAGAGAGAGAGAGAGAACUUUGGAGCGAGAACUCACGGUUCUUCAAACAUCAGAGACACAGAGGGACAGAGAAGUCGCGAAAAAACAAAUGGCGUAACAUCAUAGCUUCGGAACGGGACGAGACGAGCUCUGUCUGAACAGCUUCAGCAGCAAAAAAGUGUAGUGCACUUGUAUUCUAUUGAAAUCCGGAGUAAGAACGGCCAUUCGACUCCUGUUCCGUGUAAAAAAAUUAACCUACUCACUAGUUUUUAGUUGUGUACAUCCGGCGUGUAAUAUUCAUCUUCCUGUUAAAGCCUGUAUAUUUUUGUAAAAGUGCAGAAUUUUUGGAAGUCCCGCAGCGAGCGGACAUCAGCAGCCAGCGAGCCGAAGAUCCAGACGAAAAAGUGAAUUUUCUGGUGCCCCCUCGUAGGACAGUGUAAAUAGCGCUUUGGCUGUGGCCCAUCAUCCGCAGCGAGCUCAAUUUUGUAAUCGAAUUUUGCAGUUCAAUUUUUACGGCGUUUUCUCGGGAGGAAAAUCUCUUUCCCUGUACAGUUAGUGAUAGACCAUUUUUUCGGCAUUUUCGCGUUUCCAUAUACCGAUCCGCGGAGAACACGGUUUGUGCGUGCGUGCCUUUGUGUGUGUGCGCGAGUGACCGAACCGAGAUCGAGCACUUCUGGAAUAUCCAGUUUGUGGAUUCCGCGGCGCGCUCGAGUAAGAAGAAACCGCUCUGCUCCCCCAAGUGAAGAAGAGUGGAAAGGUGAAACAAAACGCGAGACUCCCCGGUUGUUGCUGCGGCUAAAGGUGUCUGCCCCUUCAGUCCCUGAAGAAGAUUAUUGUUGGGUGAGUGCAACCUGUGUGUGGUCGUCGGUUACUUCCGGAUCCCUCUGGGGGGAAGAAGCAAUAGUAAGAGAAGAACGCACGAUCUGCUGAGCUCUGGUAGACGGAAGUGGCUGGUGUAGAGAUUGAGUUAUUGACCGCGACCAGGUUGCAAGUGGCGAAGAAAACGAGCAAUUCGGAAGAAAUUGUUGCAAGGUGUGUUUUUUUUCCUUUGCUGGGUGUGAAAAGCCAAGAGCAAAGAGAGGGAGUGCGUGUUAGUGUGACUGGAGCAUCCGGAAGAAAGUCCCGGGCUGAGAAGAGGUUAUUGCUGCAGCAGCAGAAAGAGUGUGCUGUUACGCUAAGGUCCUGUCCAGUUAAUUUGUGUUUUGCUGUGUGUGAGGAGAAGAGCAAGAGCAGAAGAGACCCGUCCUUCUAUGUGACAGUCGGUUAGCUAGCGCAGUAGUGAGGGCGGAGAAGAGGGAGCAAGCCUGCGGGAAGCCAAGCGACAACAAUUUGUGUGUGGAUUUGUUUUCAAACAUUCACUUGGCAGUAAUCACAACAAAAGGCAGCAACGUUGUUAUCGGUCUUGCUGCUCAGAGGAACCGCCUAGCCGUUUUGCGUGUUUGAUACAAGUGCGAAUUUCGAACACGAAAGGAUCGAAUUUGUCUGCAAAGUUCCAGUAGCCGACGACAGUACAAGUGUGUUCUGGUGUGUACGCGUAGGAGUACGGAAGAAGAAUUUCGAUUUGUGUGACGACGAAAGCCAGCAGUAGCUGUGUGUUGAAGGCUUGUGCAUCGACGGCAAUCAAAAGCCAUCAAAAUUCAUCUGGAAGUGGUGAGUAUCGUAUCGAAUAAGAAUGCUGCAGCAUCCACUCGAGCCAGAGGCGGCCGCUAUGAAACUGCUCGGUGGACAUGACGACGGCGGCGGACGAGGAGCACCCAUCCGGUCACAGGACGACGCCGCAGUCGGUUACGUCUUCCAACGGCAUCCGAACGAGACCGAGUUCAACCAGUUUGCUCAGAAGCAGUCCCGGUGGGCUUCCGGAGACGAUGCCAUUAUCGAUAACCAAGACAAAUGGAAGUACAACCCAACGUUGACAAACAACAGCACCGGUGGGUUGCUUCCGCCGCCGACGAUGAACAAGCACCACCAAGCACAGCCUCAAGCUCAACAACAGCAGCAACAGCACCAGCAACAUCAGCAACAGCAACUGCCCAUGAUUAACCAUCAUCCAUCGCAGCUCGCGAACCACUUGAACCAUCAGAACCAUCUCAACCAGACAAUGCUCAACCACACGGCGAUGGGCAAUGCGGCGGCUGCCGCGGCCGCUGCCAGUGGGCUUCAGACGAUGCAGAUGCCCAUGCAGGGUGCCGGCAUGUACGAUCACCUGCAUCCACCGAAUGUGAACGUGAACGGAGUGGUACCGAAGCCACCGGGCCAGGAGCAGUUGGUGUUUCUGGGCGGUGGCCAGCAGUACGGAGUCCUAGCGCCACAGAAUCAGUACAUCGCACGGAACAAUGCAGCGAUCACCACAUCGGCAACGAAGAAACUCUGGGAGAAAGGAGGCAGCAAUGAUGUCAAAGUGGCAACCGGGGGUGCCACCGGGCCACUGGCGCCGCUACAGUUGCAUGGAACCACCGAUCAUCAGGUGUGGCGUGAUUCCACCUGGUCGUCGCAGGGCGAUGCAAUACUGGCCUCGAGGCGCAUUUUUCCACACGCGCCGGACACGAAUCCGACUGGAUCGACAGGAAUUUUAAGCCCACGGGAUUCCACCGGAGGACUCGGUGUAAAAAUGGUAGAAUACGUCCUCGGUGGAUCGCCAACGAACAAGGAAAGCCCGCUUGCUAGUUUAGAACCUCGAUUUAAGGGAUUGAAAUUCGAUGAUAAUGACAAGCUACAAUCUGGCCUCUCUUUCCAGACAUCUGACGACAAAGACAAAGCUAACUCGCCAUUCGAAUCGAACGGUUUGAAAAAGGAGGAGGUGAAUUCGACUAACGGAGUGGUGAUCGUAAACGGAAUUGAUGACGACAAGGGAUUUAACCGCACACCCGGCUCCCGUCAGCCAUCGCCAGCGGAAGAACAGCUGCCGCGAGGCUCCAAUCUGCUGGAUGCCCCAUCGCACCAUGGGUCCGGCUUCCCGCAGCACCCCUCGUUGCACCAUAUGCUUGGUUCGGCUGCUGCUGCCGCCGCCGCCGCUGCCGGGGUCGGUGGUGGUGCCGGGGCGAACGAUAUUGCCCAGCAAGCGGCCGCUGCCGCCCUGGGUUCGUACCAUCAUCCCCAGAUGAUCAACCAGAUGAACCAGAUGAAUCAGCUCAGUCAGAUGAGCCAAAUGAGCCAGAUGAACCAGAUGAACCAGCUCAACCAGAUGCAGAGCCACGUGAUGAACGGCGUAGGCGGGAUCCCGCAGAUUACGCAGAGUCAAAUGGUUAGUCAACCCGGUCAGGGUCCCAACCAGAUUGAUUCGCCUGCUAAUCUGUUGCAACAGCAACACAACUUUGAUGUACAGCAACUAUUCAGAUCGAAUCCCGGCUUAACAGCUGCCAACUCAGCGGUACAGGGUGCACCGAACGGACAGCAACUGCAACAGUCAGCCCUCUCGCUAUCGGCCCAGCAGCAACAGUUUUUAGCGCAACACAAUGCAGCCUAUGCAGCGCAACAGGCAGCGCCCUACGUCAUCAACCCGGGUCAGGACCCGUCGCCGUACAUGGGGGCGCUCAUCACGGCCGGUGUACCGCAGUACUACGGAGUGGCCGCAGCGCCCUGGGGAGUAUAUCCUGCCAAUUUGAUCCCCCAGCAGCAGUCACAGCCCCGAAGGCCACUAACACCCUCCCAGCAAGGUGCCGAAAAUCAACCCUACCAGGUGAUAUCGGCCUUCUACGAUCAGAGCGGCUCGCUGGUGAUGGGACCUCGCACCGGAACGCCGAUGCGGCUGGUGAGUCCGGCGCCCCCGGUGCUGGUUCCGCCGGGUGCGGGUGGUCCGCGCGCUCCACAAGCCCCACCAACGAUCUAUCCACCGCAGCCCCAGACACAACAGAGCAUGUACUCCGCACAGAAUGGAUCCAACAUUGGAGGUCUGGCCCUAAGCACAUCGUCACUGACUGCACGGAGGGACUCAUUCGAUCGCAACACAUCGGCCUUCAGUCCAUCCUUGGACUACACAUCGGCGUCGACGAAUGCCGUGGUGAACAAUGCGGCCGCAGCAGCUGCAGCCGCUGCCCGGAAGUGGCCCGUUGGAGCGGGCAGCUACGGAGGACUUAGCGCGGUUACUGCUUCAGGUAGUCCACUCGGUGCCUCAAUCACUCCUCCGCCCGUUUCGGGACUGGGAGCUCUGGUCACAAGUCGUGCGCCAGGCGCCGAAACCAAGUACCGUCAGGUCAAUCAGCUAGCUCCGGGUAUUUCGGCCAAUGCUAUGUUCGGAUCGAGUAAUUCACUCUUUUCCAAACUAUCCGGUUCGGUAGUAAGACCCACAACCGCAGCGGCAGCUGCCGUAGCAGCCGUUGCCGGAGCUGCUCCUGGAAUGGAUCGCCCACCCGGACGCUCACGACUAUUGGAAGACUUCCGGAAUCAACGCUAUCCGAAUCUUCAGUUGCGUGAUCUCACCAAUCAUAUCGUGGAAUUCUCACAGGAUCAGCAUGGCUCGCGAUUCAUUCAACAGAAACUGGAACGAGCGACUACGGCUGAGAAACAAUUGGUGUUCAACGAGAUCCUCGGAGCGGCGUACAGUUUAAUGACUGAUGUGUUCGGCAACUACGUCAUUCAAAAAUUCUUCGAAUUUGGCUCUCCGGAACAGAAGCAAGCCCUUGCGCAGCAAGUCAAAGGACACGUACUCCCACUGGCACUGCAGAUGUACGGUUGCAGAGUCAUCCAGAAGGCCUUGGAAAGCAUUCCAGCCGAACAACAGCAGGAAAUCGUUCGGGAACUGGACGGUCACGUACUGAAGUGCGUCAAGGAUCAAAACGGAAACCACGUGGUGCAAAAGUGUAUCGAGUGCGUCGAACCGGUUGCACUGCAGUUCAUCAUCGAUGCUUUCCGCAAUCAGGUCUACUCGUUGAGCACACAUCCGUACGGGUGCCGGGUCAUCCAGCGGAUACUUGAGCACUGCACCCAGGAACAAACGGCGCCAAUUCUAGCCGAGUUGCAUGCCACUACGGAGCAGUUGAUCCAAGAUCAGUACGGAAACUACGUUAUCCAGCAUGUAUUGGAGCAUGGAAAGCCGGAGGACAAAUCGGUGCUGAUCGCCGCUGUGCGGGGAAAGGUACUGAUUCUGUCACAGCACAAGUUCGCUUCCAACGUGGUGGAGAAGUGCGUUACACAUGCAACAAGAGCUGAGCGGGCACUGCUGAUCGAGGAAGUGUGCUCCUUCAAUGAUGCCGGUCUCCACGUGAUGAUGAAGGACCAGUACGCCAACUAUGUGGUCCAGAAGAUGAUUGACGUGUCGGAGCCCACGCAACGGAAGGUGCUAUUGCACAAGAUUCGUCCGCACAUGAACUCGCUGAAGAAGUACACCUACGGCAAGCACAUCAUUGCAAAGUUGGACAAGUUCUCGCUGAAAACUCCCAACUCCAUCGGCAGCGGGGGACCCGGAGGAGCACCGAGUAGUGGAGCUCCCGGUGUCAACACUAGCACCGGAUCGACGAGUGGUGGUUCGGAAGUCGGUAAUGGCACCGUGGGAACUAAUGGAACCAAUGGUGCCCAACAGGUGGUACCGACAGCGAAUGGCACGGGGGUCAACGUGUCCAGUAAUGGAACCAGUGUGGUCGUAGUUAAUAGCACCAGCAACGUUGGGGCGCCCAAUCUGGGCCCCAUCGGACCGCCACCGACCGGGAUGGUGAUGUAAGAAGUUGAUCCGAUGAUUUAUGAUUGUAUAUUGGGAAACGGGGACUGGCGGGAGUCCUCUAGGGUAGGUGAGAAAACUGAGAAUGCGCGCUAGGUCAAUAAUAUUCCAGGAAUAUGCUGCACACACAAAACAAACACACAGAACGCAAAAGAUGCGCUUUCGCUAUUGCACGGGAAUGUGCCUUCGAUCGCCGGAGGAAAAGCCAACGUGUGGCGUUUAUUUUUUUGUAAAGUAAUCAUUUGUAAAUAUUUUCUUUCUUUUUACAUUCGGAGAUAAUUCUCUAUCGAAUCAUGUGUUAAGUAAAAAAAAAAGUUACAGAGUCGAACUGAGAAAGACUUUGAAUUUAGGAACGGAUGUACACAAUCUUCCCCCCAUCUCAGCUGUAAGUAAUUCGUUUAUAGACAGAAAACGGAUCUCAGUCCCGGUCCCAUUUAUAAGUUAUAGCACGCUCGCGUAAGACUAAUCUGUUUCGGGGACAGUUUUCUUUCCCUUGUAUGAUUUUUUUUAAGAAAUAUCGUAUUUUUGUUUUAUAUAAAAAAAAAAUGAAGGAUAUAUUCUUCUCCGCGAUAGAAGCGCAUUCCAAGAGAUUAACUAACAAUUGCGAAGCAUCCUCAUACAAGAAACAGAUAAAAAAAAAAGAUAGCCCUCAUAUUAUGCCAUAGAAAGCACUCGAGUAUACAAACAGGAUUUACUGCAAUUUCGAACCAGAGAUUAUAGUGACAAGAAAAUUUUAACCAAGUUUUUAACGGUCCAGGAUCAAACAGUAGUAACACUCACACACAUAAUGGAAUCCCAUAUUUUGCUGUUCGCCAACCCCAAUAGUAGUAGGAAUACCAAAUCAGAAAGCGCCUCGAGCUUCUCGAAUUCGAUUGUUUUGAGACUCUCGAUUGGAGAAAGAAGAAGAAAAAGUGUACGAUUACGAUGAAGGAAGCUCUCUUUGUGUAGUAUUUUUGCAAUAUACAUAUAAAUUAUUGAGCAAGAGCAAAGAGACGCGCAUCUUGGAGCAGCAGCAGCAGCAGAGUGCGGUAUGCAGGAAAAUAUAUACAUAUAAAUAAUACUAUUUUAGGUGUAUCUUGUAUUGUAAUCAAAGUCUUAACGCUAUAUUGUAGAUUGAUGAAUUUGUAGUAGGAAUAAAGAUGAACCCAGAAAGCGAUUUUUGGAUGUGUAAAUCACGUAUAGAUAGUAGUAGUUGACGGUAGCAGAACUCAAGGUUUAGGCCGCAGCAACAGCAACAAGAACAUCAUCAGCAGAGAUUAUUCAGCAUUUCGAUGAGAGGUAUUAACCUUAUUUUGUUGUCGCUCCUUGAUUUAGGUGCCUCGCAGUAUAUGAUUAUUAUAUAAUUUGCCAGAAGAAAACUUAGAAAAUUUGAUCCACCCUAACCGGAAGCGCUGCUCUGAAAGGAAUUGUUUGAUAACGAUCGCUAAUCAUACACGAACACACACACACACACAAACAAACAAGACAGCAUUUUCUUCUUCUUUUUUCGUUGAGCAGCGGAAUUCGUGUCGUCUUAUCUAUUGGUGCUAGGUCGGCAAAGGGUGGCAUGGCAAGCAGGGUUCAUUUAUCGUAAUUUCUCAUCUUGAAAAAUAACCCUAGGUGGGAGCGCUCAUAUGCUUACUAUCAGCAUUGAAUGUAGCAAGGGCGAGGAGAUGUGGUGUGAAAAUGCUAAUUUCAUGUGUAAUUUUCUUCGCUCUCGCUUGGACAUUUGUAGGCAAAUUGCUUGAAUAAGGAAAGGAAAAAAACUAGAGAGAGGUCGCUUACCUUUUGAUCAUCGGAUGAAACGGGAGGAAAUUUAUAUAUUCAAAUUUACCCUCUCAUCCGGUUAUAGGAAACAUACAUGAGAGGGCGACCAAUUAGUGCUGAAUAAAUUCUGUUAGUAGCUGCGGGAAAGUUCGAGUUCCUCUUUUGAGAAGGCUUUCCAACUCCGGCGAUGAGAUACAUUAUUUCGCAUCAGGAGGAAACCUUCCGCUUAUAUUAGUAGGCGCCAGUGAUUAACAAGGAUGUUUUAAAGAACUUGACUAAAAUAAGAGAGUAACACAAAAAAUCACCAUUGUGUCAGACAUAAACCGAAGCGAACGAAAAUUUCGUUUUAAGAAUUAAGAAAAACUGAUAUAAUAGAAUGAAAGUAAACGGAAAACGAGCAUUUUAACAUUUCUAAGCUGAACAAAACAGAGCAAGUCGCAAGGAAAGAAAAUGUUAAAAUCGAAGCAAAACAAAAUAAUGAGGCAACCAAGUAUCAAUUAGUUAUUUUAUUAAUAGAAACAAGCUGGCAUAGGGAUCAUUUUUUCGAAGAAAAUAAACAAAAAAUUGAAUAAGUACACUGUGGUGGAUCUACACCCACACAAACACACGGAACUUUAUAGAUGUGGCGCAAAAGUAAACCGAGUUUUAAGGGGAACUGUGCGAACCGAAAGAACCAAUCGUUGUUACGAGUUUAAAUGGUAUCGCUUAACAAGACGCAAAGCCUUUGCAGUUUUUGUUUUCUGUUUUCGAAACCUUAUUCGUUGGGUUAUUUUUUGUGCGUGCGAGUAGUGUGCCCGAUCCGGUUUCGAGCGCACUCUUCAGAGGGUGGCUUGAAACGUCGCCAUCGGUACCAGCUACCCCGCACCGGUAAUAAUGCUCUCUGUCGUUUCCGUUUUCGGUUGCGAUUUCGUAACCGAUGGUUAUAUAAGUUAAUGCGAAGUCUAAUACAGCUAGAAUUAUUCGUAACCUAGAAGAAGAAAAACAAA